AUGAGGAACGAGAACAAAAAGGGAGACGAAGAGAACAGAGAAAGAUGGAGGAACGAUAAAAAGAGGAGACGAAGAGAAAGAGAAAGAUGGAGGAACGAGAAAAGAAAAAAGGGGAAGAGGAAAAGGAAUGGAGGGAACGAGAAAAAGGAGGACGAAGAGAAAGAGAAAGAAUGGGGGCGGAACGAAGGAAAAAGGGAGAACGAAGAGGGAAAGAAGAAAGAAAUGGAGGAACGAGGAAAAACAAAGGGAAGGACGAAGGGAAGGAAGGAAAAAGGGAUGGCCGGGGGGAACGAGGAAAAAGGAGACGAAAUGAAAAGGAGAAAGAAAAAUGGAGGAACGAGGGAAAAACGGAAGGAAAAACGAGAAAAAGGGAGACGAAGAGGGCAAAGAGAAAGAGGAAGGAACGAAAAAGGGAGGGCGAGAGGGAAAGACAAAGAUGGUAAGGAACGAGAAAAAGAGACGAAGGAAGAAGGGAAAAAGGGAAAGAUGGGGGGAAGGAACGGAAAGAAAAAGCGGAAAAAGGACGAAGAGAAAGGAGAAAGAUGGAGGAACGAGAAAAAUGGGAGGCGAAGAAAGAAAGGGAGAAAGAGGAAAGUGAACCGAGGGAAAAAGGGAGACGAAGAGAAAGAGAAAAAGAUGGAGGGAAAGGAAACGAAACGAAAAAAAAAAGGGAAGGGACGAAAGGAAAGAAAGAAAGGACAAAAAGGGAUGGAAGGAACGAGAAAAAGGGGAGACGAAGAAAGGAAGAAAGAAAGGAUUGGUGGGAACGAGAAAAAGGGAGAGAAGAGGAAAGGAGAAAGAUGGAGGAAACGAGAAAAAAGGGAGCGAAGAAAGAAAGAACAAAAGAAAAAUGGAGGAACGAAGAAAAAGGGAAAGAAGAAAGAGAAAGAAGAAAGAAAAAUGGAGGAACGAGGAAAAAAGGGAGACGAAGAGAAAGAGAAAGAUGGAGGAACGAGAAAAAGGGAGACGAAGAGAAAGAGAAAGAUGGAGGAACGAGAAAAAGGGAGACGAAGAGAAAGAGAAAGAUGGAGGAACGAGAAAAAGGGAGACGAAGGACGGAGCAAGAAAUGGAGGAAACGAGAAAAAAGGGAGGACGAAGAAAAAGAGAAAGAUGGAGGAAACCGAGAAAAAGGGAGACCAAAGAAGAAAGGAAGAAUGAUGGAAAGGAACGAGAAAAAUUGGAGGAAACGAAGGAAAAAGGGAGGAAAGAUGGAGGAACGAAGAAAAAAAGGGAAAGACGAAGAGAAAGAGAAGAUGGGGGAACGAGAAAAAGGUGAGACGAAGAGGAAAGAGAAGAUGGAGAAGAGGAACAUGAAAAAGGGGGCGAGGCCGAAAAGAGAAAGAACAAAGAUAGGAGGAAGGGCCCGAGAAAAAAGGGAGACGAAGAGAAGAGAAAGAUGGAAGAAACGAGAAAAAGGGAGACGAAGAGAAAGAGAAAGAUGGGGGAACGAGAAAAAGGGAGACGAAGAGAAGAGAAAGAUGGAGGAACGAGAAAAAAGGGAGGCGAAGAGAAAGAGAAAGAUGGAGGAACGAGAAAAAGGGAGGCGAAGAGAAAGAGAAAGAUGGAGGAACGAGAAAAAGGGAGACGAAGAGAAAGAGAGAUGGCAAGGCAAAUGCGAGGGAAAAACGGGGGGAACGAGAAAAAGGGAGACCGAAAUGAAAGAGAAAGAUGGAGGGAACGAAGAACAAGGGAAAGGCGAAGAAAGAAAGACAAGAUGGAGGAACGAGAAAAAAAGGGAGACGAAAAGAGAAAGGAGGAAAGAUGGAGGAACGAGGAAAAAAGGGAGGACGGAAGAGAAAGAAAAGAUGGAGGAACGAAGAAAAAGGAAAGACGAAAGAAUUAAAGGAGGAAAGAGGAGGAACGAGAAAAAGGGAGGACGAAGAGGAAAGAGAAAAGAUGGCGGAACGGAAGGAAAAGGAGACAAAGAGGAAAAAGGGAGAAUGAUGGAGGAACGAAGAAAAAUGGAAAGACGAAAGAGGAAAGGCGAAAGAUGGAGGAAACGAUGA